AUGGCAUAUUCAAGUAUCUUAAACAAAAUAACUUUUUUGUUUCUUGGAUUCAUUCUAUUGAUAACUGCAGAGUUAAACAAAAACAAUGCUGUAUCAGAACAAUUUACUGCUAAUGAAGGAGUAGAAUCAUUUAAUCCUUAUCUUUAUCAAAUCAAAAAGUUCCAAUACCCAUAUGAUGAUGAUAUGUCGUUGUAUUAUCAAAUGAAUGAGCAAAUACCCAUUAGAGAUAGAAAAUGGGCUUCACAAUUAAGAUAUGGUAAACGAUCUAGUUGGGCAAGCCAACUUCGCUAUGGAAAAAAAUAA